AUGCAAGCUGUGCUGAAAAACAGACUGGAGGCAGGCAAGGCACUGUGGGCCAUUGUGUGGGCGUGGGGCAGCAGAUAUGAGUGUGCUGUCUUGGUGCCUUUCAGCUGCCAGUCAUGGGCUCAGCGGGUCACUCACAGGUGUCCUAGGGAGCGGGUGGUGAAGAAGGAGCUCAAGACAGCAAACCAGGAGAGCGCAUUCCAUCCCAGCCAGCCGUUACUUACGAACUCUGUACCUAGUCUUACUUUUACUUCAUGGCCCCUGAAGUUCUACUAUCAGUUUGUUUAUGUGAUAAUAGGGCCCUCUGUGAGAAUCUGGAGUCCCUGGGUAGUGCUUACAGUUAACAUCCUCUACUGGCUCUGUGGCUGUGGACUGCUUGGAGUAGGCAUCUGGCUCUCCGUGUCCCAAGGCAACUUUGCCACCUUCUCCCCCAGCUUCCCCUCCUUGUCUGCAGCCAAUCUAGUCAUCGCCAUAGGCACCAUUGUCAUGGUGACGGGCUUCCUCGGCUGCCUGGGGGCCAUCAAGGAAAACAAGUGCCUCCUUCUCAGUUUUUUCAUCGUCCUGUUGGUCAUCCUCCUUGCAGAGUUGAUCUUACUUAUCCUGUUUUUUGUCUACAUGGACAAGGUGAAUGAGAAUGCCAAGAAGGACCUAAAAGAGGGCUUGCAGCUGUACAACACGGAGAACAAUGUGGGACUGAAGAACGCCUGGAACAUCAUCCAGGCUGAGAUGCGGUGCUGUGGCGUCACUGACUACACAGACUGGUACUCAGUGCUGGGGGAGAACAUGGUGCCCGACCGCUGCUGCAUGGAGAACUCACAGGGCUGUGGACAGAACACCACCACCCCACUGUGGAGGACGGGCUGCUAUGAGAAGGUGAAGAUGUGGUUUGAUGACAACAAGCAUGUGCUUGGCACGGUGGGGAUGUGCAUCCUUAUCAUGCAGAUUCUGGGCAUGGCCUUCUCCAUGACCCUCUUCCAGCACAUCCACCGGACGGGUAAAAAGUAUGAUGCCUGA